AUGACGUGCGGGGCGGGAUUGGAGCGUUUGGAGCAACUACCGGUGCUAGAAUGUGGAGCAAUAGGCAGCCCGCGCGCAUAUGGGCAUCAUGGUUUACAUAGCCACGGCCUAAAACGGAUGUUUAUGCACAACCAAAGGCGCAAAGUGAAAUUUCAGAUGUGGUCUACGAUUAUGCAGUUAGCUGUAAAAUAUCCAUUUUUUCUAAUUUUUCUGGUGCCUGCGGCGCCCUAG